AUGGAGAUGGCUCUUACAUCCGAAGGAAAAUCUGCAGUGGCCAUUGAGACGUUCUUAAGGUCAAGGGUUAUCUUAGCUAUCCACUCGCACCCUCUAACUGGCGCUGUUGAUCUAAAUGCCCUGCAGUUUUGUCUGCAUGUGGCUCGAUAUUAUAAGGUAGACGAUGUUAUUCCAGAUAUCGCAUUUUGCCUGAUUGCAGCCACUUUGGAAAGAGGAAUAUCCGAGAAUCACUUUUGCGAAUUGAAGGGUGUUACCCCUAGCGAGACAGAUAGUAUGGUGGUGAUCGCCUUUCUGGUUGUGAGUCUGCACAGAGACUCACUGAAAGAAAUUAAGGAAACACUGCUGCGGCCCCGACUGUCCCUCAUCCCGUUCGAGGCGUUGCUGGGUGAAUUACCAUCUUUCCUGAUGGGAUUAGAUGGAACGAAAUCCUUCACCUGGCGUCUUCAGUCCUCGAUUACGCCUUCAUUUCUAGAUUGUGAGUGGGUCGGUGUCUAUCUUCGAGACUGGGAUACCCUCUACAAACUCAGUUCGGUACAAUUAGUAAAAAGGAGUGGCGAAACCCCUUUACAAGUCUGUGCAACGAUCAAUCAACAGCCCUGGGAAAUCGAAAGCGAAAAUUAUGUGAUGACGCCAUUCGGGAUUGUGGUAUUCUGGCAACGGGGGGCAUCGUGGCUUUGGAAGAAGGAAUGGUGCGAUGGCAACUUUGCAUUCGCAAGACCUCUACCUAAUCAUGGACAUGAGCCUGACUUUAUUUCCUGCUCUAUAAAGUUGACACUUGGACAAGAUUUCUGGGCUCUUGUCAAUACCAACGGAGAUCUAGAAUUCCACAAGGACCACUUCAACUUGGAGGAUGCGCAUGCCAUGACAGUUUUGGAUGAGACGUACUCUACUUAG